ACGACAGAAGAAGAAGGAAGAAGAAGAAGACCAAUACGGCAGGGCGGAAGGAUGAUGACAAUGGCAGUCAGGGCGCGAUCGCUCGUGCUGCUUCGAGGCGUGAGCGCCGGCAACGCUGUGGCAGCGUCGGUUCGCCCUGUUCUCGUUGCCGCAGUAAGGGCACAGCAGCCUCGAAACAGCAGCAGCAGCAGCAGCAGCAGCAGCAGCAGCAGCAGCAGCAGCAGCAGCAGCAGCAGCAGCAGCAGCGCUGGCGGCUCCAGCAAAUGGGCGCUUGGUGCGGGGAUCGUUGGUGGUGGCUUCGCCGUCGCAGCAACGACAAUGGCGACGGUGGCGUGCGAGGAAGACAGGUCUAUUGCAGCCGCCGAUCCAGGAAGCAGCGGCGACGAUGGAGACGAUGUCGAUCAGAAGAAGAAGGGCAAAGGCUUCAAGGAGCGCACGAUUGCCCGAUACGAGGACCGCAUUCGCUCAUUCUCUACACCGGAUAAGGUUGUGUUCCGGUACUUUGCGUCUGUGCGCAUUGAUGGCGACGUGUACAUGCGCUCGUGCGACUUCAUCCGCGCGGUUACACCCGGCGAGCUCCAACCAAAGGAGGUUGGCCUGGAUCUGUUUGAGGACAAAUCGAGCGACUUUGGCGUCGUGAAACCGGAAUCCCUCAAGCACAGCCUCUUCCACCACAGCGAUGACGGCACGAUGGCGUGCUCGGACACGACGGGCCUGAUAUCGUAUGCGGAGUUCCUGUUCCUGCUGACGCUGCUCGCUGCGCCGCCGCGUCAGUUCCACCUCGCCUUCAAGAUGUUUGAUGUCGAUGGCAACGGCACGGUUGACGCGGACGAGUUUGCGAACGUGCAGGCGGCGGUGCAACGCAGCACGCCCACGGGUCGACGCAUGCACACGAUGGACAAGACGGCCAUCAACGCAGCCAGCAUCCGGCGCAGCCAUAUUAUGCAGCGGCUGUUUGGGCCGGAAGGCAAGGGCAAGUGCGACAUUGACAAGUUCCAAAAGUUCUUUGAGGAGGUGCAGCGGGAUGUGCUGCACAUCGACUUCAUCCGGCACAAGUCCGACCCGUCGUCGCCAACCAUGUCCGAGCUUGAUCUUGCUCGGAUGCUGCUCAAGUACACGCGGCUGAAGCAGCGCGACUACGCCCAGUACCUCAACCGCGUCAAGCAGGCCAACAACCCAUCACAGAUCACGUGGGAGGAUGUGUGCGGGCUGUUCUCGUGUCUGCGGGCAAUCGACGACUUGGCGAUGGCGCUGAGCUUCUUCUCCGCAUCAGGCACCGGCAUCACCCAGGAUGAGUUCCGGCGUGCGUGCCGCGCCGCCUCUGGUGUUGAGCUCUCGGAUCACGUCAUCAACUUUGUCUUCCACAUGUUCGACAAGGACGCGGACGGCAUGUUGGCGGAAUCGGAAUUCCUGACGGUCAUGCGCGACGCACACGCGCGCGGUCUCAACAAGGAGAAGGAUCUGCCUCUUGGUCGCGGGUGGAAUGCGCUCGUGAAGUGCAUCAAGAUCCAGAUGACACGACAGGAGGAGUGA